AUGGACACGGUUUUGGGAUUGUCUCUUCCUUAUAUGGAACGAGCCGGAACCAAUGUGUCUCUUAAAAAGAUUAUACUUGCAGAUCAGCAAGAUCUUACUCGAUAUACUAUUGAAUUGAAUGAACAUAAACGAUGUUCAUCUAUAAUAAAAAGUUAUAGCAAAAGCGGAGAAGAAAUCAAGGAGCCAGUAGAAUUUAUUGAGAAUCAAAUUCUUGAAGAGAAAAAGCGAUCAAAUGUGCCAUUAUUGAUUAAAUUGCCAUCUUCUCAUAAGAAAAUCAAAUUUAAUGUUUUAAUAAAGCCCGUAGAGAAUUACGAAUCGAAGUCACUAAUUAUCUUAAAAGCAAAAGAAACUUUGGAGAAUGUGCAAUUGAGAAGCAUAUUGCACCAGGAAUGCUAUGCGCAAGGGGAUAUUGAAGUUUCGAAAUUGUCGUACUCAACUUUGCCUGUUAACAGAACUAAUAAAGAUUUUCAAAAAAUAAUCGUAAACGACAGUUUUAAUUCUACCAUGUUCAAAAAUAAGAGAAUAAAUAUCUCUUUAUGGGAAUAUGAUAAUAUAAUUCAGGACUACAACUUCUUGUUUUCCUUCAGCCUCUGGAUAAGUGAAGUUGCUAAUGACCCUGAAGAAUCUGGUCUUUCUCAACCCUCUGAAGACGAUCGCUCUUCAAAAAUGGAGCCAAAAACUAAUAGAAGACAUGUCAAACCUCUCAAAAUAUCAGACUAUCGUAAUGCUUUCAAGCUCGAUAUUGAGGAUGGUCCUGAAUUUAGAAAAGAGGUAUCGUCUUACCAAGCACAUUUACCAAUAUUUAAAAAGACAUGUAUGAAUUUACUAGAUGAAUUGAGAAGUCUACAGUUAUAUUUGAAAAGGAUGAGGAACACAAGAGUGAAGAUAAUAGAACAUUCUCAGACUUUAGCUCGAUUGCACUUCAAUUCUUUAUUGAAUAAAAUGGGCUUCAUGAAUGAUUUUGACGAUCAACUUAAACUGAUAUUUGACCCUUUUGAAAAAAACAUUGACUUUUUCAGUAAUAAUGUUUGUAAUGAAAAAUUGCUUUCCAAAAUAUCUUCCAAUUUGUCUAACACCGUCAGCAAUGAUGGUAGCGGUCCAAAUGAGCUAUUACAUAGUAGAAAACAUUUCGAAAACGGUUCGAAGGAAUAUUACAGUUGGCUCAAUAAAUAUUUGUCAAAUGAGAAGGAGAGGCCUGAGCUGAAACUAUUGGCAAAAAGAAAAGCCUUCGAAUUAUCAAAACUUGAUUAUCUAAACCAUUUGAAUCUGGUUGUAAACAAUCAAUACUUCAAUCAGCUUUUAGAGAAUGUACUCAAGUUUAACGGCUUACCUUAUAAUGAAAAAGACAGAAGGGUUUUAGAUUUCAAAAUUUUUAGUGACCCAAAGCUCAGCCAAGAUCUCUUGGAUGAUAAUUACAAAAUUUACUUGAAUGUGCUUUCAAGAUUUAAUAGUCAGAAAUUUCAAUUCAGGCAAAUGAUUGAGGCAAGUCAAUCGAAUGAGGAAUUAACCAAUGUAAUAAGAUACAAUGUAUUGAACCAGACAGCUCCUUUAUUAGAAUGCGACACUGCCUCUAACGAAGACCCUAUUUUAAGAAAGGAUAAUAUAGAUUUAAUUUUCAGCAACUUACCCACUUACUUCACUGACUCUGCUCCAGUAUCUCCUGCAAAUGAUGCCACUUCGGACAUGUCAGGAAUACUAUAUACCUUAGGUGGACAAGGUAAACAGGGAUGGCACAAAGAAUGGGUUGUUUUAAAUAAUGGGCAAUUAAUAGAAUAUUCUGAUUGGAGAAAAGCUAAAGUUCAAAUUAAUAGACCAAUAGAACUAGCACUUUCUAGCAUAAAGCCAAUGAAUUAUGAAAAGAGACAGCAUUGUUUUGAAAUUUUGACCUCAACUGGACAUAAGCAUGUUUUUCAAGCAAUAAACGAGGAUGAAAGGAAUCAGUGGGUAAAAGCGUUGUAUAAAGCAGGCCAAAUUGUUGAUACUUCUAGACUCAGAGAAACAUAUACCAAUGCAACGAGGGCCAAACAAUUGAAUACGGAUGCGCGUACUCAACUCAGCAGCUUAGUUACUGAUUUAUCUGAAAAUCGGGUAAUUGCACCGAUUACACAAGAUCAGUCACAUUCACCUGUAUCAAUCUUCUCCAGGCCUCUUUUGUCAGAAAAGGAUUACCUUAAACUUGUGAGAUCAAUAAUAGAUAGUGGAAAUGACUGUUGCGUUGAUUGCGGGAGCAGCGAAUCCGUGGAGUGGGUAUCGCUUAGCUUUCUUGUUUGCUUCUGCGUGAAGUGCUCCUCUUUCCAUAGAAACUUGGGCUCACAUAUAUCGAGGAUAAAAUCUUUGAAACUCGAUAACUUCGACAAUGAAUCAGAAAUGCUCCUUAAUUAUAUCAACAAUAAUCAAGUCAAUUCCUAUCUAGAAGGAAACUUGAUUGAUGCAAAGCCAACGUCGAGUUCUUCUGAUGAUGAAAGGCUGACAUUUAUCACGAAAAAAUAUAUAAAUAAAAAAUAUCUUCAGCAAGUCGAUAACCCAGAUGACUUUUUAAUAAAGUCAAUUCAAAAGAUUGACAUGCCUAAUAUUUUGAGAGGUAUAAUUUCUGGAGGCAACACUAACAUCAAUGUGCAAAUUAGUAUUCACUCAAGCAAUGUAUCAAAAAUCAUUUCACUCUUUGAAUACUCUUUAAGGAAGUUCAUACAGAUUGAGGAUGGAGAUCCUGAUAAUAGCAAAACCAAGAAGCUUUUUAUUAUUUCUGAAUUAUUAGUGCUAAAUGGUUGUGAUAUUAAAGAUAUCACACAGUUGGAUGAGGACAUUGGGAUUACCUCAGAUGCUGUUGCUUAUUAUGAGACUAGGCGCUCUAAAAUUACAGGUAUGUAG